AUGAACAACAAAAACCCCGGCGAGCGCUCCGUCUGCUAUCGCUUACAGACACCAGCAGCAGUAAACUGUCUGGACGUCCAUGUUGAGAAACAUCCGGACCGUGUGGCUCUGAUCUGGGAGCGAGAUGAACCCGGCACUGAGGUGAAAUACAGGUACAGGGAGCUGCUGGAGACAACUUGCCGCUUCGCCAACACCCUGAAGAGCCAUGGGAUCCAGAAAGGAGACACGGUGGCCAUCUACAUGCCUGUGUCUCCGCUGGCGGUGGCAGCCAUGUUGGCGUGUGCACGUAUCGGUGCCGUGCACACGGUGGUGUUCGCUGGCUUCAGCUCAGAGGCUCUGGCAGGACGGAUCCAGGACGCUCAGUGUAAAGCAGUGGUAACCUGUAAUCAAGGCGUACGCGGCGGCCUCAUCGAUCUGAAGUCGACAGUAGACGCAGCGAUGAAGAACUGUCCGAGUGUCCAACACGUGUUCGUCUCUCAGAGGACAGAAACCCCCGCUGUGAUGGGACAGCUGGACGUCCCCCUGGAGGAGGUGAUGGCUCAGCAGGCUCCGGUCUGUCCUGCGGAGCCUCUGGAAAGUGAAGAUCUGCUGUUUCUUCUCUACACGUCAGGAAGCACCGGGAAACCUAAAGGCAUCGUACACACACAGGCUGGAUACCUGCUGUAUGCUGCACUCACACACCAGUACGUGUUUGGUUACCGUGACGGCGAUGUCUUCGGAUGCAUGGCGGACGUCGGCUGGAUAACGGGACACACUUACGUUGUUUACGGGCCGCUGUGUAACGGAGCCACCACCGUUCUGUUCGAGAGCACACCGGUUUACCCGAACCCAGGAAGGUACUGGGAGACGGUGCAGCGUCUGAGGAUCUCUCAGUUUUACGGCGCUCCGACGGCUCUGCGUCUGCUGCUGAAGUACGAUGAGAGCUGGGUGAAGAAAUACGACCGCUCGUCUCUGAGGACGCUCGGAUCAGUGGGAGAGCCCAUCAACCAUGAGGCUUGGCAUUGGUUCCAUGAUGUGGUCGGAGAGGGACGCUGCCCUCUAGUGGACACUUGGUGGCAGACAGAGACGGGAGGAGUAUGCAUCGCUCCUCGUCCUGCAGAGGAAGGAGCUCCCAUCAUUCCUGCCAUGGCCAUGAGGCCGUUCUUCGGCAUCCAGCCGGCUCUGAUGGGAGAGAAGGGUGACCCUCUAUCCGGUAACUCCGUCAGCGGUUCUCUGGUUCUGGCUCAGCCGUGGCCCGGUAUGGCCCGGACCAUCUACAGAGACCACCAGAGGUUCCUGGAGGCCUACUUCAAACCGUACCCAGGUUUCUACUGUACGGGGGACGGAGCGUACCGGUCUGAGGACGGUUUCUACCAGAUCACCGGACGCAUGGAUGAUGUCAUCAACGUGAGCGGCCAUCGACUCGGUACGGCAGAGAUAGAGGACGCACUGGAUGAACAUCCAGAUGUUCCAGAAACAGCUGUGAUAGGAAUCCCACAUGACCUCAAAGGAGAAGUGCCGUUUGCCUUCGUGGUUCUGAAGGAGGGGAGCAGCGUCGCCCCCCCCGCCGUCCUGCAGCAGCUGCGUCACCUCGUCGCCAGUAAGAUCGCCAAGUACGCCGUUCCCGAGCACUUCCUGGUGGUGGCGAGGCUGCCCAAGACCCGGUCCGGAAAGAUCAUGAGACGCAUCCUCAGGAAGGUUGCCAUGGAGACCGGCGGCGACCUCGGCGACGUGUCGACGCUCGACGACCCGUCCGUCAUCAUGGAGAUCAUCAAAGCUUACGAAGAGCAGAAAAAACAGGAGGAGAAGAAGAAGUAGAAUAGAAAGCUUUAUGUUGUUAUAUUAACAUAUAAACUAGAGAUGCUGCAUAUCGGCUUUUCUGCCGUUAUCUGAUAUUCCGAUAUCGUCCAACUCUUAAUUUCUGAUUCCGAUAUAUAUAUAACACAUUAUGCCUAAUUUGAUUGUGAUGCUCCACUGGAUGCAAACAUAAACACUGUCUGUGUAAAAUAAGAGAACAACUUUAACUUGAGUUAUGGAACAAAGAGCCAACAUGGCCUCAAACAACACAACAGCUGGACAAGUUUGACUUGGAAGAUGCUUCAGUCCAGAGUAGUAAACAA